AAAGCCGGCCUUUCCGCGCGCACCUGCGACAGGUGCGGCAGCAGGUGCCGCCUAGGCAGGGGCCAGGUGUCGGGCGUCGUUUCGGGGCCAUUUCCAGGGAGACGCGCAAACAGCCGAGCCCGGCGCUGGGCUGGAGGGAGGAGCCGUCCCUGGGGAGAGGAAGCCAGGUGGAGAGCGCCUGCCGAGGGAGGGCUCUCCUGGGCCGGAUGGGGCGAGAGGGAGGAAGCGGCCGGGCCUGGAAGAGCGCCGUCGCGCUUCCUGAGGCUGGGCUGGGUGCGCGCCACGCCGGAGCCAGAUGCAAGUGUUCCUGAAGUUGAGCUCUGAGCCACUGCCCAGCCGGACCACCCGAUCUCCUCCCCAGCAGUUGAGGCUGCUCAUCUGUGCCUUGAAUUCCUCUGUCCAGUGUGUUCUCUCCCCCAGCGUCUACAGACAGCAGGAAGAGAGAUGAACAAUACUACGCACACCAACGAGUCUUCACCCACUGUGAGCGAUCUCUCUGCCACCAGCAUGGCUUCCACCAUGUUGCAGCUAGAUUUCUUUCCUUCGGCGAUGGGCGCCAGCCUCUUAAUUGUGGGCGACGGCUCCCAGCUAAGGGCUGAUCAGAAUCGCUCCCAGGACAACCAGCAGCUCUUCUUGACUACCUCGACAGCAAAGGCGAUCUCUGGUCUCUUUGUGUGGGCUGCUGUGUUCAUCACUUGCCACCAGAUCCUUUGCAUUUGGUAUUCAGAGAUCUUCUUGCACCUGAAAAGCUACACCAUUCCUAAUGAGCAACGCUAUAUCAUCCGCAUCCUAUUCAUUGUGCCCAUCUAUGCCUUCGACUCCUGGCUUAGCCUUUUGCUGAUAGGCAGCCACCAAUAUUAUGUUUAUUUUGACUCAGUGCGCGACUGCUAUGAAGCAUUUGUGAUCUACAACUUUUUGAGCCUUUGCUUUGAAUACCUCGGUGGGGAGAGCACCAUCAUGGCUGAAAUUCGAGGGAAACCCAUUGUGUCUAGUUGCCUCUAUGGAACCUGCUGCUUACAGGGGAUGUCCUAUUCUAUUGGAUUCCUCAGAUUUUGCAAGCAGGCAACGCUGCAGUUCUGCAUUGUGAAGCCUCUUAUGGCCAUCAUCACCAUCAUCUUGCAAGCCUUUGGGAAAUAUCACGAUGGCGACUUCAACAUCCACAGUGGCUACCUCUACAUCACCAUCAUCUACAACUUCUCCGUCAGCCUGGCCCUCUACGCACUUUUCCUUUUCUAUUUUGCCACCAUGGAGCUCUUGCACCCCUUUGAGCCGGUCCUUAAAUUCCUCACUAUCAAGGCAGUCAUCUUCCUCUCCUUUUGGCAAGGGAUGUUGCUGGCUAUCCUGGAGAAAUGUGGGGUGAUCCCAGAGGUUCAGAUCAUUGAUGGGAAGAUGGUGGGGGCAGGGACAGUAGCUGCUGGCUACCAGAACUUCAUAAUCUGCAUUGAAAUGCUCUUUGCUUCCAUUGCUCUCCGAUACGCUUUUACCUGCCAGGUGUACAAGGAGAAGGACAAUGCAACAGCAAACCUUGCCCCGAUGCAGAGCAUCUCCAGUGGGCUGAAGGAGACCAUAAGCCCUCAGGAUAUUGUCCAGGAUACCAUACACAACUUCUCCCCAGCGUACCAGCAGUACACACAGCAGUCCAUGCAGGAAGCUGGCGAGUCCGGACAGAACGGGCACAUGGAGCCCAAAGCAGAUAGCCAACAUGGCAAGAAGAGGAAGAACAUUGAGAAAAGGGUGUUGAUAAUCUCUGACGAUGAGCAAUAAGGUACACCUCGCAGGAGGGGAACUCUGGUGGUGUUGGUUGGGUUUUUUUUAAGGAAAAACCUCCUUGCCUCCCUACACUUCAGUUGCCAUGGACCAUGUCAGAUGGGGCUCGCUGAUGGAGAAAACGGAGGCAUCCCUGCUCAGUUGGCCAAUGUCCUAAGAAGGCUCAACUACUUGGAAGGCUGGUUUCCCCAGCCUCCCUUGGUCUUCAUGCUACACACAUUAUGUGAUCCAUUUCCUCCUGCUUUUGGGAAUUGCUGGUAGGGCCAAAAUGGCUGCAUGGUCCAGAGAGAUUUCCAAGAGGUUCUGCAAGAUGGCUUAGAAUGCCGCCUUCUUCUCUCUUGCUGGUGAAAGACAGCAAAACGACAAAACUUCUUGGUAGGACUGACCAACAGCUCUGGGCCCAAAUCUGGAGGGGAGGGGGAGAAACCUUGUCUUGUAGGAACAGGGAAAGAGCAGGAGAGUGGGAUCAACUGAAUGAAAACGAUGCCCUCUAACAGCAGUAGUCAGCGUUCAGUUCCAUUGGGAGUAAUGAAACGUAAGUUGUAUUGAAGGCAAUCUGGAUCUGCCAAAUGGAUCUGGCUGUGGGAGUUAAUAUACAGGAAUCCGGGGGAAGUCCUUGAGGUGAUGAUUGUGACUGCUACUUUCCUCUUUCCACCAUCAGCCUGAAAGUUGGUGGUGGUGGUAGGGAUAGGAACUCUUUAUACAGCGAAACAAGACUGCAAGAAAGUUUUAAAGUUGCUAAUCCUAGUCUCUUUUUUGGUGCUAGAGGAAAAACUUUUUGUCCAAAAAUAAUUUUAAAAAUAGGAGAUGGUGGUAGAACCAAAAGCUGUCUUGGUAAAAGCAUUUUAGUGAAACUAACCCACUGUGGAUCAGGAAUUUUGGCCCAGUAUCUGGAAGAAAUGUGAAACUGUUGCUUGAUGUGGACAAUAGCUUGCCCACACGUAGAAAAAUACAGGCAGAAAUCCUUCCUGGGUUUUAAAAGCCCUCAGCGCAGCCUCAGUUCUCACACCCAUCAUUUUAGAAAUCCAACACAUUUGGGGGGAGGGGGAGAUCAGGACUGUCUACACCUCCCCCCUUCCUUCUGAGAACAAUAUAAUUUUGGAGUGCAGGCCAUGGGAGAACAUGGGGAAGCUGUGGUCCUCCAGACAUUGGACUUUCAACUCCCCAUCAGCCCAGCCGGCAUGGCCAGUGGUCAGAGAUGAUGAGACAUGGAGUCCUACACCGGAAGCAUGCCACGUUGGCUAUCCCUGCUAUAAACCCUCCCCCAAAGGGGGUGGAUUGUAGGGAGUGGCAAGCACAUGCAUGGCUGUAUGUCCCAAACUAUGUCAUGUUGUACCCACGGAAAGGAUGACCAACGACCCACCAUGAUGCAAUAGGUUUGGCAAGUGUGUUUUGGGCAACCACAGGUACAUGAAGCAUGGUCCCUUGUAUGUGGCACAGGGGGUCACUCUCUGAGCAGUGUGGGAGUUGCUGCAGCAUGGCUCCUUCCCUCUCCAAAGGAGUAGCAUCAAACUCCCUGGAUCAUGCAGCAAUGUGUGUCUGUAGGUGUAAGUAUAAAUAAAAUUAAUGCAGGCACUUUCGAUGCCAUUUAUGUCCUGUUGCCCAAACGUUUCCAGCAGUGUCGGAAUCAGCCCAUUUAAUGGUGCAGUGCCUACCCAUUAACGAUCCUUUCUCUAAUCCAGCCUUCCCUAACCUCAUGGCCAAGGAUGAUGGGAGUGGUAGUCCAAAACAUCUGGAGUGCAUCUGGCUGGAGAAGGCUGCUCUAAGCAAGGCUAGGAAUUCCUUCAGCUCAGCCGUUCUCAACCUUUCGGUCCCCAGAUGUUGCUGGACUGCAGUUCCCAUCAUUCCUGACCAUCUGCAAUGCUGGCUGGGCUGAUGGGAGUUGUAGUCCAACAACAUUCUGAGGACCCAAAGGCUGCUUUGAAAGGGUUAUAUGACAAGCCAACUGUGCUAAAAGAGGUGAUCUUUUAUGUGAAACUACACAAGAGAGCUUCAGGUUGUUGGUAGGCCUUCACUGGAGAACCCCUCUUUCCUAAUGAUUACCUGGAUGUUCGGUAUUGGUGUUUUUAAUUGUGUCUGAGGGUUGCUGUAAAGGGGUCUUCAGCUGCUGUUUGGAACAGCAUGUUUCCCCUGUGCUGUGAUAAAUGUAUGUAAUACUUUCUGCUUUGGAUGUUGCAUCUUUUACCGAGAGGUGGUGACUGCUGGGAGUAUAACUGUAAACUUGUAAAUUUUAAAUUAUUGAUAUAAAAAACCUCUUUUCUAAUAAAGUAAAACAAAAGUCAA